AUGGAAAUGGAUGGUGUCAAUGAGAAUGCCUGGUGGACAUUGCCUGAGAACUUUGAUGCCCCACUUGUGACAUUCAUAGAUGAAGCCCAGGAUCAGCACAUAUUUGGCCAUGAAGACUUACACCUCAGACACAUUGAGCUACACAGCAACACCCUCAUUCAACUGGAGAGGUGGUUUACAGCCUCAGGCCAGACCAGAGUCACUGUGGUUGGACCAUUCAGAGCAAAGCGGUGGUUGAUGGAUAUGAUUUGGAGUGUGGGGAGCCAGGAAGCUUACCACCAGGCCCGAGGUGAAGAGAUGUUGCAGCGAGUUUGGAACCAACCCCUCACCAAUGCUGACUUCAAUGCCUCUUUCAGGGUCCGGUCACAUGCCUGGGGCCUUUCUCCACCUGACAGGAUGAAAGGGACCACUUAA